AUGCCCGUAGUCAUCGACGUUGCCUUCUUCCCUCACAUCCUCGACGAGAUCAUCGCCAGCGCAGACACAUCAGCGCUCAUCAGUCUCCGUGCGACUUCAUCAACUCUGCGCACGCGCUGCGAUGCAAAGCUCGCAAGACAUUUAGUUUGGAUGGACGGUGACCUCGUUAUCGCACCCUCACGUCAUUCCCGCACUCUCGCGGCUGAAGCUCUCUCUUCUCUCAAGAAGGAAUGUGUCAAGAUCCCCGUUCUCCGCCACGGAACAGUCCCCAUCUUCGAGAAAUCGGCCUUCCUCGUACAAAAGACCAACAUCCCGUACCGAUUCAACAUGGGCCACGAGAACUACCUCAAUUAUCUCGAAUCCCUCACUCCAGGGGGGGUCAAAGACAUACGGGAGGAUCAUGUCCGGCGCAGUCCCUUCAACCACUCCCUCACAUUUACCGAGUGCGAAGACUACUACGCCGCAUUCCAGUCCCUGAUCGAGAAGACUCAGGUUCUCGACAUACGCCACUCCAUCCUGGUUCGUCGGCAAAGCACCACCCUUCCCGGGAUCCUCUACGUGGACAAGCGCCUCCCAGUGCUGCGAAUAUGGACUGUACCUCGCUUGUCCCCAGAACGAUCGUACAUCCGCCGCAACGGGAAGCUGGAGAUGAGCGCCGACACCAUUGUCCUGUGUUGCAGCACCCCGCUCCUCCAGCCGCUAGGCUCCCCACUCCUGCCAAUCAGUCCCUGUCGGUCCACACUCGCCCACCGUCCACCCUUAUGCUACGAACCAGCCGCUCUGCCAACUCUCGACUUUGCACCUCCGAAACGUCUCAUCAUCCACAUCGGCAACACGAUUGAGAGCGGGAUCCAUUUCCACCACUUCUCCAGUCUCUGUUCUGAACCCAAUCUUCCUGCCACUGAGGAAAUCGUCUACGUCGCCCACUCGUUCAAGACCUUUAUACCUAGCGACUUGCUCUGCCUCUUUCCCUUCUGGUACGACGGUGACAUGGACGGAGGCCACCUCAAAAUUACAGUCGUCAACCCCACAUCGUCAAUACCCACGACCGUGUUGGAGAGGCUUCGGAUUCCCUUCGGAUGGAUGAUCGACCCGCUCCCUGUGGGCGAGCUCCUCAAGCGUUUCAUCAACAGGAUGGGGGUCCCGGGAAUCAUUGAGAAGCACUACCGCUUCAUCUCCUUCGAGGAGUGGGAGGAGGAGCUUGGGCCCGAGCGGUUUGCGAUCGAGAUGGGAGAGCCGCUGUGA